AUGACAACAGAGAAGGGUCUAGCGGCGGACGCCGACAACUCGGAGCAGCAACAAGCGAAGGAGGAGGAAGGAGCUGCUGAAACACAAAAGCAAGAAGCUUCCCUGGAGGAAGGGGCUCAGCAGACGUCAGAGGGACAACCUGCAGUGGGGCAGAAGCAGAAGGCCUCCAACGGUGAUACGCCCACGCACGAGGAGCAGAGCAAGAAGGAGCGCCGCACCUCCGAGGGCCGGGGUCUCUCCCGCCUGUUCUCAUCCUUUCUCAGGAGGCCCAAGUCUCAGGUGUCCGAAGAGGACAAAGACACUGAUGCUCCUAAAGAGGCGGGAGGUGACCAGAAAGACCCGGGAUUAGGAGCCAGCCCUGAUGAAGACAUCCUGGUGAAAGCCCCAAUUGCAGCUCCUGAGCCUGAGCUCAAAACAGAUCCAUCACUAGAUCUGCAUUCCUUGAGCAGCGCAGAAACACAGCCUGCGCAGGAGGAGAGGAGGGACGAGCAGGAGCCGGAGAGCAGGGACCUGGGGGACAAGGAAGGAGGGGAAGCAAAGGAAGAGUGUGCCAAGCCAGAGCCAAAACAAGAGACUCCGGAGGCCAAAGCAGAGAAGGAUUUGAAAGCUUCCCAGAGAGCAGUAAAAAGACACAGAAACAUGUACUGCAAAGUCGUCUUGCUGGAUGACACCAUUUUUGAGUGCGCCGUGGACAAACAUGCCAAGGGGCAGGAUCUACUUAAAAAAGUCUGCGACCACCUCAAUCUCCUGGAAGAAGACUACUUUGGUUUGGCCAUAUGGGACACACCAACCUCCAGGACGUGGCUGGAUCCUGCCAAAGAAAUCAAAAAACAAGUUCACGGAGGCCCCUGGGAUUUUACCUUCAAUGUCAAGUUUUAUCCACCAGAUCCCGCGCAGCUGACAGAGGACAUAACCAGGUAUUACUUGUGUCUUCAGCUUAGACAAGACAUCAUUACGGGGCGGCUGCCCUGUUCCUUUGCGACCUUGGCUCUGCUGGGUUCGUACACGGUCCAGUCCGAGUUGGGAGACUACGACCCCGAUCUGCACAGCCCUGAUUACAUCAGUGAAUUCAAAUUGGCCCCAAACCAGACAAAAGAGCUGGAAGAGAAGGUUGUGGAGCUUCAUAAAACAUACAGAUCCAUGACUCCAGCCCAAGCAGACCUGGAAUUUCUUGAGAAUGCAAAAAAGCUGUCUAUGUAUGGAGUCGACCUUCACCAAGCCAAGGACUUGGAAGGAGUGGAUAUCACUCUGGGAGUCUGUUCCAGUGGCCUUCUUGUUUACAAAGAUAAACUGAGAAUCAACCGCUUCCCGUGGCCCAAAGUCCUGAAGAUUUCCUACAAACGCAGCAGCUUCUUUAUCAAGAUUCGGCCGGGGGAGCAAGAACAGUAUGAAAGUACAAUUGGGUUCAAGCUACCAAGUUACCGGGCAGCGAAGAAGCUUUGGAAAGUAUGUGUUGAGCAUCACACGUUUUUCAGGCUGACUUCCACCGAGGCCAUCCCGAAGAGCAGGUUCCUGGCGCGCUCUAAACGUGCGACUCAAAAAGUUGGGUUCAGAGCCCUAGAGGAAGAGAAGCAGGAGGAGGUGGUGGUGGUUGAGGUUCCCGAACCAAAACCCGCGGAUCAGAUCCGAGAGAAGCCAGCCAAACGUGCUCUUGGCAGUGUUGAGAUAAGCCCAAUUGAAGAAGAGGAGGAGGAAGAAAAAACGGUGGUGAUGAGAGAAGUAGAGCCAGUCCCGAAGAAGCCAGCCGUGGCGGUGAUAACCCCCGAGCGGAGUCCCCGGCCCACCUCCGCCCCGGCCAUCGCGCAGAGCCACGCUGCAGAGCCGCUCCCAGCGAAGCCCCACGCGAAGGACGUGGUCGCCCCCUCUAAAGUAGAAAAGGAACAGAAAAAACCUGAUGUGAGACGUGAAGAAAUCCCACUGGAGAAGGCCAAGCCGGAGCCAGUGGAUGCAUCAAAGGUGAGGAAAACGCACAUUGAGGUCACAGUACCCACCACGAAUGGUGACCAGCCCCAGAAAAGAUCAAAGAGGCUAGAUGGUGAAAACAUUUAUAUCAGGCAUAGCAAUUUAAUGUUGGAGGAUCUAGAUAAGACCCAAGAAGAGAUCAAGAAGCAUCACGCCAACAUCAGUGAGUUGAAGAAGAACUUUAUGGAAUCCGUCCCGGAGCCUCGGCCGAGUGAAUGGGACAAACGUUUGUCCACUCACUCCCCAUUCCGAACCCUCAACGUCAACGGGCAGAUUCCCACGGGAGCGGAUGGACCGCCGCUCGUGAAGACGCAGACGGUCACCAUCUCCGACGUGUCCAGCGCCGUCAAAAGUGAAAUUCCCACGAAAGAAGUCCCCAUUGUCCACACGGAGACCAAGACCAUCACCUAUGAAGCUGCACAGACGGAUGGUGGCAACGGAGAUUUAGACCCUGGCAUCCUGCUGACUGCUCAGACCAUCACUUCGGAAACCACCAGCAGCACCACCACCACCCAGAUCACGAAGACUGUAAAAGGUGGCAUUUCGGAGACACGGAUUGAAAAGAGGAUUGUCAUCACGGGCGAUGCAGAUGUAGACCACGACCAGGUCCUAGCGCAGGCGAUAAAGGCAGCGAAGGAGCAGCACCCGGACAUGUCGGUGACCAAAGUGGUUGUGCACCAGGAGACCGAGAUCGCAGAGGAGUAGCGAGGGUGUAAGAAGCGUUCCUGCCAGACACACCAUCAGGAAAAAGAAACCCAGCAAAACUACCAAGAAACUACCUGGAGCACAGAGACCUCGGAUUUCCAAGACUUGACACUCAGAGACAUUCAUAUCAUUUAUUAGGAGUUGCGCUUUGACAUUUUACUUGGGAUUUUCCAGACUCCACUGGAUCCUGUUGGAUAUAGAGAUUUUUUUUUUAUAUAUAUAUAUAU